UCACCACUCUGUUCGACUGGCUCUCAGUGUGUGCUGAGACCUCAGAGCGUACGGACGUGUUAUAACGUUACCCGCUCGCUAGUUCCCCAGACAAAUACUCCGUGCAAAAAUACAGUGAUAAACUAAAGUUUUUAUUUUGUAUAUUUCUCAAAAGAAAAACCGCGAAAAGUCAACUUUAUUAGCUUCGUCAGCAAAACAGCUGGUACCACAAUAUGCCGCCCAACGCAACUGCUGGAGGCCAGUCGAUUACCGACUCGUUGAUCUCUGCCGCAGCGACAGCUGCUGCCGAAUCGGAGCAGAAUCCAACCAAGCUGCAACAGGAUUCAACUGGUGUGUUGUUCGAGUGCGAUGCCGAGACCAUCGAUGGCGGCCUCGUCAAGGACAUUGUUUCCAUGAAGAAGGCCGACAGACGCAAACUGAAACUCGUCUGGCGUAACAUAAUUGCAUUCGGAUAUUUACACUUGGCUGCCGUCUACGGCGCAUGGCUAAUCUUCACCUCGGCUAAAUGGCAGACAAUUGCUCUGGCUUUCGCUCUUUAUGUUGUCUCUGGUUUGGGCAUUACGGCUGGCGCUCAUCGUCUGUGGGCCCAUCGUUCUUACAAGGCUAAGUGGCCGCUGCGCGUGCUGCUGGUCAUCUUCAAUACAGUUGCCUUCCAGGACGCCGCCUACCACUGGGCUCGCGACCAUCGUGUGCACCACAAAUACUCGGAGACCGAUGCUGAUCCACACAAUGCCACGCGUGGCUUCUUCUUUUCGCAUAUUGGCUGGUUGCUGUGCAAGAAGCAUCCCGAGGUGAAGGCCAAGGGCAAGGGUGUUGACCUAUCCGAUUUGCGUGCCGACCGCGUUCUGAUGUUCCAGAAAAAACACUACUUUGUGCUGAUGCCUUUGGCCUGUUUCAUUUUACCCACUGUGGCGCCCAUGUACUUCUGGGGUGAGAGCUUUGUGAAUGCCUGGUUCGUGGCCACCAUGUUCCGCUGGUGCUUCAUUCUGAAUGUGACAUGGCUGGUAAAUAGUGCUGCGCACAAAUUCGGCGGCCGUCCCUAUGACAGAUUCAUCAAUCCUUCGGAGAACAUUUCGGUGGCGAUGCUCGCUUUCGGUGAGGGCUGGCAUAACUAUCAUCAUGUGUUCCCCUGGGACUACAAGACCGCUGAGUUUGGCAAAUACUCGCUAAAUCUGACCACGGCUUUCAUUGACUUCUUCGCCAAGAUUGGCUGGGCCUACGAUCUAAAGAGCGUGUCCCCCGACAUUAUCAAGAAGCGUGUGAAGCGCACCGGCGAUGGCACCCACGCCACCUGGGGCUGGGGCGACAAGGAUCAGCCCAAGGAGGAGAUCGAUGAUGCCGUGAUUACACACAAAAAGAGCGAAUAAAUUGAUUGUGGGUAUCUCGCAGGAUAGCCAGAAUGAAAUUGAAUCAAAACAAAAGCAGAAAUAGAUCUAACAAA